AUGGUUGCUCCUUCAUUCACCAAGACUCUAUUUCUCUUGGCCUUUGGCCUCACCUACACAACAGCAGCUGUAGCGAAUCCUUCAGUAUCAAGCAAUGCGGCAGUUCUGGAUGAUGAAGAUCCUGUUCCAGAAGACUUGAUAGUCAGCACCGAUGGGAGCUGUGGAGGAGGGAUAACAUGUCUGGGGUCACGCUUCGGAGACUGUUGUUCUGAGUACGGUUACUGCGGACGGACCUAUGCCUAUUGCGGACCAGGCUGCCAGUCUGCUUUUGGUUUCUGCGAUCCGGACGUAGAACAACCAUCCAGCACCAUAGAAACGGUUUUCACGACGGUUACUGCUACGGUGACAUCUAUCAUCGAAGUUACUCGCACUUCUGUGAUCUCUCAGGAUGCCACUCUUACCAGUACCGUGACGGUAACAGCAGGGGCUACGGCAACCACUACAGCAGUGAUAACCAGUACUGUUACGACAACUGUUACCGCCACCGUUCCUGCUGUUACCGCCACUGCUGUGCGAAGGGCCGAUGUUAUUUGUGCGGACCACAACUACGACAGCAACAAGGACAACGGGAUCUCCUACGACAGUAACCUCAACCCAGGGCCCACGCCCGACCCUGACGAUACCAGGAACGCCCCGCGAUUCUACAAUCUCAAUCCUCUGAUUGAUUGUGACAAGCUGUUGGUCGGAUACUAUGUCUGCGUUGGGAAGUGA